GAUCAAAGUGUCGAAUUCAUGCAACAAAUGCAAACUGAAAAUGUCUGAUCAUUAUGGUAAUGUUUCGGUAGGCGUAAUCGGUAGUGUUAAUGCCAGCUCGUUUUUGCAGAACAAAUGGAAUGUGUUCCUCGAUAUCAUUGGUGAUGACCCGGACAUUAUCUACCUCUUUUGCCUCACUGUUUGGGGCUACCUUCUCUUCUGGACCAUCGGUGGCAUAUUCGUUUUCAUGGACAUCACCAACAAGCCGGAAUUUAUGCGCAAAUACAAGAACCAACUUGGAACAAAUGAGCCACUCGAUUUGAACAAACUGAAAUAUCUACUAAAGACUGUCAUCGUCAAUCAAGUGGUGUAUGGAAUUCCAACUUCCUACUUGACAUACCACGCACGGAUAUGGAUGCUCGGCGGGGCUCCGGAAAUUCGACAACUCCCUUCGUUGGAAAUUAUCGUUCGAGACCUGUUGGUGUGCAUCGUUACCUGGGAAAUCACCUUCUACUACAGUCACCGUUUGCUACAUGCAAAGUUCUGGUACAAGCAUGUCCACAAGCAGCACCACCAAUGGCAGGCACCGAUCGCCUGGGCCGCCAUGUAUGCCCAUCCGUUUGAGUUCGUCAUCAGCGACAUGUUACCGGUGUACGCUGGACCUGCCCUGAUGUCCAGCCAUCCAGUGACGGUGGCCAUCUGGUUCGUGUUUGUCAUGAUGGACACUCUGGUGGACCACUCCGGCUACCACGUACCGGUACUGGGAAGCUCCGAAAUGCAUGACUAUCAUCAUAUGAAAUUUAACCAGUGCUACGGACUGUUCGGUUGGUGUGACACUCUACACGGUACAAACGAAGGAUUUCGUAAGAAGAAACAAUACCUGCGCCACAAGAGGAUAUUCUCGCAGAAAUCAGCACGCGAGCUGAUUCCAGACGAGAAGACAUUAGGGAUGACACUUUCGAGAAAGAGAGUUUUAUGGGGCGCGGUUGGCCACAAGUUUUAA